AUGGCACGCAAAAGGGCUGAUCCAGAUCGCUUCUUAGAGUACGAAGAAUUUAAAGAUCAUUCUGGUUUUACUAUCUAAGAGGAUGGAGAUUAUAUAGAUUUCUAUUAUGACUAAUUCAAGGGUUGGUUUGAUGAAUAUGGCAAUUACUAUAAUUCGAAUGGUGAAUCAGUUAGACCAAGUUAAGCUAGCUUGAGAUUUUGGGAUUCAAUCAAACAUAAAUAUUCUUAAGAUGACAUAGAUGAUUUAUUAAAUCAAUAUGACGGGGGUACCGAUAGUGAAGAUGAUAAUGAUGAUGAUUUUGAAAGAGAGUACCAUAAUAAAGCACAUAUGGAUAAACUUCUCAAGAGACUGAGACAUUACGGAGAUUAGGAAGAAAUUAAAAUCAGAUUCAGCCAUAAUAAAUGGAGUACUAAGGAUAAAGAUAUUAUACAAUUGUUGGGAGCCUAAAAUGUGAAAUCAGUUUAAUUUGAUUUAAAAUCUGGCACAACUUACAAAACAGGGACAGGAACCAUAAUAACCUUUAAUAAAAAAUGCGCUCAGUAAAUCAUUUAAUUCCACAAUACCGAAAUUAAUAGUCAUCCUAUCUCAUUUGAUAUUGAUGCUAUAGAUAUCAAUGAUUCAGAGGACGAGGUAGUUGAUAUUUAGAAAGAAGAUCCAUUAUUAAGUAAACCACAAUAAUAAUAAUAAGUUUAGUAAUAGUAAUAACCAUAACAGUAAUAAUAGUAAAAACCUUAACAAUAACAAUAACAAUAAUAGUAAUAAUAACAACAAUAAUAAUAACAAUAACAACAAUAAUAACAACAACAACAACAACAACAACAAAAAGAAUAAUAAUAAUAAUAACAAUAAUAAUAACAAUAAUAAUAACAAUAAUAAUAACAAUAAUAAUAACAAUAAUAAUAAAAGAAAGAAGUCUGGGUUUAAGAAUUCUUAAUUGUUGAAGGAUUCCCUGAUAAAGAACCUCAAUAAAACAUUAAAUAAUGGUUGUCUUAAAAAAUAUUAAAUAAUGCAUAAAUUCAUGAGAACAUGUUUGAAAUUAAAGAAAAAAUAAAAAAAGAGAAAGGAAAGGUAAUCGAUCACUACUAGGCUGUUAAAUUAGAUUUAGGUUCAAAGGAAAAAAUAGAAGAUGCUAAAACUUAACUUGAUUAAUGCAACAUGUAUUAAGGAAAGAGAAGGAUAACCUAUUUUAUAUACAAACCUCAACAAUGAAAUUAUGAUUUAUUUAAUUUCUAUUAUAAUAAAUGAAUUUUAUAAACAUAACAUCAAAU